AUGCAAGAGGGCCACCUACACAGGAGGGCCCACCAGCACGGGGGGCACCAACACAGAGGGCCACCAACACAGGGGCCACCAACACAGGGGGCCACCAACACAGGGGCCACCAAUGCAAGGGGCCACCUACACAGGGGCCACCAGCACAGGGGGGGCACCAACACAAGAGGGCCACCAACACAGGGGGCACCAACACAGGGGCCACCAAUGCAGAGGGCCACCUACAGGGGGCCACCAACAGGGGGCCACCAACACGGGGCACCAACACAGAGGGCCACCAACACGGGGGCCACCAACACAAGAGGGCCACCAACACAAGAGGGCCACCAACACGGGGGCCACCAACAAGAGGGCCACCUACACACAGGGGGCACCAACACAGGGCCACCAACACAAGGGCCACCAACACAUGGGGCCACCAACACAGGGGCCACCAAUGCAAGAGGGCCACCUACACAGGAGGGGCCCACCAACCUGGAGGCACCUAAUGCAAGAGGCCACCACACGGAGGGCCACCAACACAGGAGGGCACCAAUGCAAGGGCCACCUACACAGGGAGGGGGCCUACCAACCAGGGAGGGGGCACCAAUGCAAGAGGGCCACCUACACAGAGGGGCCCACCAACACAGGGAGGGGGGCACCAAUGCAAGAGGGCCACCUACACAGGAGGGCCCACCAACAGGAGGGGGCACCAAUGCAAGAGGGCCACCAACACAGGAGGGGCCCACCAACAAAAGCAGGGCAGCUAAUCUAAGCUUGACACCUGGGCAGAAACUCCCCGACCUACGCUUGUUCCCCAGUU